AAAUCGGGUAUGCCCGCCAGGUGUUCGAUGCAUUUCCUGACCCGUAUGUGUAUUUGUGGAAUGCCAUCAUCAAAGGGUACGCAAGACACGGUCUUUUUAUCGACGCCAUUGACACUUACAGAACUAUGCAACUUGUGUUCGAAAGGCCCGACAGUUUUACGUUACCUUACGUUCUUAAGGCAUGUGGUGACUUGCUGGCUUUUAAGGUCGGUUGUGCUGUUCAUGGACAGGCUUUUAGACUAGGGUUCGAAUCUGAUGUUUUCGUGCAAAACAGUGUUGUUUCAUUUUACACAAAGUGUGGAAGGAUUGAUCUUGCUCGUGUUUCGUUUGACCGGAUGCGUGACAGGAAUAUUGUCUCGUGGACUUCGGUUAUUUCUGGGUGUUCUCAGAAUGGACAACCUGUUGAGGCUCUUAAGAUAUUCAGCGAAAUGAGAGGAUUGAAUGUGGUGCCUGACUGGGUGGUACUUGUUACUGUACUGACAGCUUAUACUAAUAUAGGGGACUUGAAAAGCGGCGAGAGCCUUCAUUCUCUGGUGAUCAAAAUGGGUAUUGAGUUUGAGCAAGACUUGCAGGUUGCGCUCACAACUUUGUAUUCAAAAUGUGGGCAAGUUAGGACUGCAAAACAUCUAUUUAACAAAGUAGAGGUUCGCGACGUGAUUCUAUGGAAUGCCAUGAUAUCUGGUCAUGCAAAACAAGGUCAAGCUAGUGAUGCUGUUAACCUUUUCCAAGAGAUGAUAUCAAAGAAUAUCAAACCUGAUGUCGUAACUAUACAGUCUACGAUCAUGGCUUGUGCACAACUGAGAUUUCUUGGUCAUGCAAGAUGGAUCGAAGAUUAUGUUACCAACAGCAGCUACCAAGACGAUGUUGUUGUCAAUACAUCUCUUGUCGACAUGUAUUCCAAAUGCGGAUGUGUGAAUUUUGCCCGCAACGUAUUUGAUAGGGCAAAAAAGAAAGAUGUGGUUUUAUGGAGUGCUAUGAUAAUGGCUUAUGGCUCGCACGGUCGGGGGAGAGAAGCCAUUGAUCUUUUCUAUGCAAUGAAACGGUCAAGGGUCUCUCCGAAUGAUGUGACUUUCCUAGGGCUCCUUGUGGCUUGCAAUCAUUCUGGGCUCAUACAAGAGGGAUUAGAAUUCCUCAACUGCAUGAGGGAUCAUGGAAUCAAACCGCACCACCAGCAUUACGCUUGUGUUGUUGAUCUGCUGGGUCGUGCCGGGUAUCUUGAGAAGGCACGCGGCUUUAUCGAGACAAUGCCAGCUGAACCAUCUGUUUCAGUUUGGAAGGCACUACUGAGUGCAUGUAAGAUGCAUUGCCAUGUGAGAUUGGGUGAGUAUGCUGCACAGAGACUUUUUGCAUUGGAUCCACUUAACAGAGAUCACUAUGUGCAGUUGUCCAAUCUCUAUGCCUUGGCACACAUGUGGGAUAGAGUUGGAGAUGUAAGAAUGUUGAUGAAGGAGAAGGGAUUGAACAAUGAGAAGCAAGGGCAUAGUGUUAUUGAAAUAACUUGAGUGCCAAGGACAUAUUCUUACAUAAGUCAAAUGCUCCAUUUGUUGUGUGUAAUUUUGUCCUUGAUAGGACUUGGUUCUCUUGUUAAUAAGUUAAAAUUCGUGUGAUUUUGUUUAGAAAAGAGAAUAAAAAUAAUUACUGGGUACAAAA